AUGGUGGUGCUGGACCUCAAGGUCACAGUCUUCGAUGAGGCACCCCUCAGAAAUAGUUACAAGAUCUUGAACACUAUCUGCCAAGGCAGCUUUGGUGAAGUGAAGCUCGCCUGCCACCUCCUAACCAAGACCCAGGUGGCAAUGAAAGUCCUGCCAAGAAAUUCCUCCUUUGUCACAUCUGAAAUUGACAUCAUGAAAUCCCUCAGUCAUCCCAAUGUCAUCCAGCUUUAUCAGAUAAUCAACACCACUGUCAACACCUACCUCGUGAUGGAAUAUGCGAGUGGGGGAGGGCUGCUGGACAGGAUCCAGGAGGAUGGACAUCUGCAGGAAGAGGAGGCCCGCCGAUUAUUCCAGCAGAUUGGGAGUGCUGUGCAUUACUGUCAUUCAAAAGGUGUGGUGCAUGGGGACCUGAGGCCAGAAAAUAUCCUGGUGGAUGGCGAGGGCAACAUCAAACUCAGUGACUUUGGGGUGGGUGUUCAGGUGAGCCCUGGGCAGAAGCUGCACUCUUUCUUUUGCAGCCUCCCAUUUUGUGCCCCAGAGCUCCUGCAGGGGAAAGACUAUGAUGGGCCUGCGGCCGACAUGUGGAGCCUGGGAGUCCUGCUCUACUUUAUGACCACAGGGUGCCUCCCUUUUCAAGCACCUACCAAUCCCGGGAUAAAGCAGAAGAUCCUGUGUUUGAAAUACUACUGCCCAUCUUAUCUUUCUGCAAAUGUGCUAAAUGUAAUCAGGCAGUUACUCACCCUUGACCCCAGCAAGAGGGCCACUAUAGACUGCAUCAUGCACCACCCAUGGCUCACACAAGGUGAGAUUCCUUCUCUUGAGUUUUCCUUGGAGCAGUUCCCCAGUCUCCCAAACCCCAUUAUCUUAAUCAGCAUGGCUAAUUUGGGGUAUGACCCUAAUGAGGUUCUGGAAUCUUUAAAAGUGCAAACUUUCAAUGAAACAAUGGCUACGUAUCUGAUGUUACAACACAAGAGCAGCUGGGAGAGUAGCCAAGAGAACCAAGUGACGCCUGUGCAGCCAGGUGAUACACCUUGUGUGACCCCUACCAAUCUUUCCACCUCCCCUCUUCCCCUGAACCGGAGAGCCAGCAAGCCUGCCCUUCACACCCUUCCCGAUAAAUGUCAACUUCCCAAUGGUGAGACGCAUUUAAGAAUGAAGGGAAUCAAGAGGGCCAUCAUGUAUACUGAUCCCCAGCGCUGUCUGCUGAAGAGGACCAUCUCUUAUUUCAGGGAAGCCUGCCAUUAUGAUGAUGCUACUGCCCUCUGCACCCACUCCAGGAGUAGCUGUGGUGCUGAGCCUGAGAGUCAUGUGGGCUCUCAGGACACACCUCCAGAAAAAAGCUCACUUCCCAGGGAAGAACUCUGGACCCUGACCACCAAGGGUGCUCAUACAACAGAAAGUGGCUCAUCAUCUGGGGAUCUAUCAUCAGAACCCGUGUCCUUGUCCAAUGACCAGACUGACAGUGUGAUGAUAGCUUGUACUCACAGACACUGCCCAGGCUGGAAGAGAGUGAUGAGGAGAGUGGUGAACUGUGCAGUAAAACUGUGCUGCUGCAUGCCAGUCCAGAGGAAAGGUCAGGUCUCCAGGAACAAAGUAGUUCCAAUCAAAGGGAAGAAUGGCAAGACACCCGAAGCCAGGAGGUGA